UUAUUGGGCAAGGCGUAUUUUCUCUCUCAUUCAGGUCGGCGACACUGCGACAAACCUGAAAAAAAAGCCUCUUGCCUUCUUACUGUCCAAACCCCCACCUUUUCCUCCGGAGAAGAACCUCCAAAACCCUAGAAAUUCAAAUUCAACGGCUCAAAUUCCAUGUUUUCUUGACAGGCACUCGAAAAUCACAGAGAAUGGGUCGCCCCGAGCCUUGUGUGUUGUUCGCCCAGACCUUCGUCCACCCCCAUCUCGAUGAAUACGUCGACGAGGUAUUGUUUGCUGAGCCCAUUGUCAUCACUGCCUGCGAGUUCCUUGAACAGAACGUGUCUUUUGCAUCUCAGUCAGUAACACUUCUCGGGGCUACUUCACCUCCUUCAUUUGCUUUGGAGGUCUUUGUUCAGUGUGAGGGGGAGACAAGGUUCAGGCGCCUCUGUCUGCCUUUCCUAUAUUCUCCUUCUUCUUCAAAUGUGCUAGAAGUAGAGGCCGUUGUAACUAAUCAUCUCGUUGUAAGGGGCAGCUACCGCAGUCUUAGUUUAGUCAUAUAUGGAAACACGGCAGAAGAUCUAGGGCAAUUCAACAUUGAAUUUGAUGAUAGCUCCAUAACUAAUCUUGUUAGCUCUACUGAGGGAAAGCUUGAAGACCUCCCUCUUGCUUUACAUUCAACUAAUCUGAAAAUUGAGGAAUCCAUAUCAACUCUUAAUACUCUAUCUCUACCUGUUGCGGCAUCAGAUGUAUCUGUUGAAGCUAAGCAUUUGUUACAACUGAUGUUGAAGGUCUGUGAGUUGCCCAAUCUAGGUGAUGCAUUGCAUAAAAUUGUCGGCAUUGUAGUAUCAGCUGCCACUUCUUAUGUCACCUCUUCUUGGGGAAGAUCCAGUGAGUGUGAAGAGUUGCGCAAUGUUCUUAGUGAGGCCAGAACAGAGCUUAUGGAGCUCUAUAAGGUCUUUAAAGGCGAAUCAGGGAAUGAUUUAGCUGAAUCACUUGAAGACAACGGGCUUUUUGAGUUUGAGGUUGAAUUAGCAAAUUCUAAACAGUUGGUGGAUGUGUUAAGUCAGUACUUUCGGUUUAGUAGGGAUUUCUUGAGUGUUGCACAUCACCAACUUCCACAGAAUACAAAUGUCAUGCUGGGGUUGAGUGUGGCUUUUCUUUUGUGCUCUGGAAGAGAAAGCUGCUUUCAUUUUGUUACUGGUGGGGGAAUGGAGCAGCUUGUACAUGCUUUUUGUUGUAGCAAUCAGAAAUCUGCUGCUACUACAUUACUGCUACUAGGAGUUGUUGAGAAGGCUACUCAGCAUUCUUUUGGCUGUGAAGGAUUUUUAGGUUGGUGGCCACGUGAAGAUGAAAAAAUCCUAUCUGGUGCCAGUGAUGGUUAUAGUAGAUUGUUAAAUCUGUUAUUGCAAAAACAGCGUCAUGAUAUUGCUUCUUGUGCAACUUACGUCCUUCAUCGGUUAAGAUUUUAUGAGGUUGCUUCAACAUUUGAGUGUGCAGCUUUGUCGGUAUUGGGUGGUCUAUCUACUUUUGGUAGGGUCACAAGUGGUACUUUGGACAUGCUUAUCUGUGCAAAGUCACUACUUAAAAAGCUGUUGAAAUUGAUAAAUUCACGUGGUCCAAUUGAAGAUCCUUCUCCAGUUGCCCGAGCCACCAAAUCCUUGAUUCUUGGUCAGACAGAAGGUUUGUCGUCAUAUAAAGCAUCCAACAACUUAAUUGCUUCUUCAAAUUGUUGUUUCUCAAAUUGGGAUAUCGACAUGCAUUUGCUGGCUCUUCUCAAGGACAAGGGAUUUCUACCUCUAUCAGUUGCAAUAUUGACGUCAUCCAUAUUGCGUUUAGAAGUCGGACGUGUGAUGGACAUAUUUGUGGAUGUUGUGUCAUCAGUUGAGGCCAUAAUUCUUUCCUUUCUUUUUUGCCGCUCAGGCUUAAUUUUUCUUCUGCACCACCCUGAACUUUCUGCAACAAUAAUACAUGCCCUAAGGGAUGCUGAUGACGUGAAUAAGGAUGCGUGUCUUCCUCUUCGAUAUGCAUCUGUUUCAUUAUCCAAAGGAUUCUUUUGUGCUCCACAGGAUGUUGGAAUUAUUGUUGGGGUCCAUUUGAGGGUGGUUACUGCUGUAGACCGUUUGCUUACUGCAGCACCAAACUCUGAAGAAUUUUUAUGGGUGUUGUGGGAACUAUGUGCUCUUGCAAGGUCUGACUGUGGACGCCAAGCAUUAUUGGCUCUGGGAUAUUUUCCGGAGGCUGUUAAAAUUUUGAUUGAAGCUUUACAUUCUGCCAAGGAACCAGAGCCAGUUGCUAAAAAUAGUGGAGCCCCGCCGUUAAAUAUUGCCAUAUUUCACUCAGCUGCUGAGAUUUUUGAAGUUAUUGUUUCUGAUUCCACUGCAUCUUCUCUUGGAUCAUGGAUUGGACAUGUUAUGGAGCUCCAUAGGGCGUUACAUUCCUCUUCUCCUGGGUCAAAUAGAAAAGAUGCCCCCACACGGCUGUUGGAAUGGAUAGAUGCUGGUGUUGUAUAUCAUAAAAAUGGGACAACAGGUCUUAUACAGUACGCUGCUGUGUUGGCUUCUGGAGCAGAUGCCCACUUGACUUCAAACAUCCCACUGGUGUCAGAUUUGGCUGAUGUAGAAAAUGCUGUUGGAGAUACCUCUGGUGGUUCUGAUGUUAAUGUUAUGGAAAAUCUUGGAAAGUUUAUAUCUGACAAGACUUUUGAUGGUGUUAAUCUUCGUGACUCUUCCGUAGCACAGUUGACAACAGCAUUUCGCAUUUUAGCGUUCAUUUCAGAGAACUCAACUGUUGCUGCUACUCUGUACGAUGAAGGUGUUGUACCAAUAAUAUAUGCAGUUGUGGUCAAUUGUAGGGGUAUGCUUGAGAGGUCCUCGAACAGUUAUGAUUACCUUGUUGAUGAGGAGUGCAAUACUACAUCAGAUUUAUUGUCAGAACGUAAUCGUGAGCAGAGUUUAGUUGAUCUUCUGAUUCCUACAAUUGUGUUGUUGAUCAAUUUGUUGCAGAAAUUGCAGGAAGUACAAGAGCAGCACAGAAAUACCAAGUUAUUGAAUGCCCUUCUACGAUUGCACCGAGAAGUAAGUCCAAAAUUAGCCGCAUGUGCAGCGGACUUAUCCUCUUCUUAUCCUGAUUCUGUGCUUGGUUUUGGAGCUAUCUGUCACCUUCUUGUGUCGGCACUUGCUUGUUGGCCAGUGUAUGGCUGGACUCCUGGUCUUUUCCACUCCCUCCUUGCAAAUGUUCAAGUUCCUUCCUUGCUGGCCUUGGGUCCAAAGGAAACAUGUAGUUUGCUUUGUCUUCUGAAUGAUUUAUUGCCUGAUGAAGGGGUCUUGCUCUGGAAAAAUGGGAUGCCCUUGUUGAGUGCCCUUAGAAAUUUGUCUGUUGGGACUGUUUUGGGUCCUCAGAAAGAGAGACAGGUCAAUUGGUAUUUGCAUCAUGAGCAUCUGGAGAAGCUGCUCAGCCAAUUGACGCCACAUCUUGACAAAGUUGCCCAGAUUAUCCAACAUUAUGCUAUUUCUGCACUGGUGGUCAUUCAAGACAUGCUUCGAGUCUUUAUUAUUCGUAUUGCUUGCCAAAGAGCAGAAAGUUUUCCCGUACUUUUACGACCCAUAUUCUCAUGCAUUCGUGAUCAUGCUUAUGACUCGCCUUCGCCAUCAGAUACGGAUGCUUAUAAGGUUUACAGAUAUCUUGAUUUCAUUGCUAGCUUAUUGGAGCAUCCGCGUGCCGAGGGACUAUUAUUAAAGGAGGGUGCAUUUCAGUUGCUACCUAGAGUGUUGAAUAGGUGUUUAAUUGCCAUUGAGACAGGUGGAAUACAGAAUCUCGAUGUUAGAAGUUCAGCUGCAUUUGGAUUCGGUUUGCUCAGUUGGUGCCUCCCUGUAUUCAAGUCCUUCUCAUUGAUUUUUAAUUCUCAGGCAUCCCUGCACCAUGCGGGGAAAAAUGAUUUGAAUGAAUUUGAAAAGUUGACUACUGAUGAUUGCAAAAUCUUUUUAAAGCAUCUCCUCAGGUUUUGUCAGGUUCUACCAGUUGGAAAAGAAUUACUUGCCUGUCUUAUUGCUUUUAAAGAACUGGGUGCUUGUAGUGAAGGUAAAAAAGCUUUAGCAGCCACUUUGUAUCCUGCUCUCUCUGUUGAGGAUCAUGAAUGGAGAAAGAGUCCCCCAUUGUUAUGUUGCUGUAAAAACUUGUUAAGAUCAGUUGACUCGAAAGAAGGGUUGUCAAGUUAUGGAAUUGAGACUGUCAAUGCAUUGUCUCUGGGAUCUUUCCGCUUCUGCCUUGAUGGGGAAAGAUUGAAUCCAGACAUGGUUGUUGCGGUAAAACUCCUGUUCGGAGUUUCUGAUGAUGAUAUAGCCGAAGCAGAUGGUGUGCCUGAUGGAAACUUGAGCUAUAUUUAUGAAUUGACCUCUCUAUUGAAGACCAUGGAGGCUGACCAUAUUGCUGACUCUGAUACUCAAACCCCUUUGUAUGAGGUUCUAGAAUCUGCGAAAUCAUUAACAUUGCUGUUGCAGAAACCUAGUUCGUUGUUAAAGGUGGAUGAUGUCUUUUCUGCUGAUUCCAUUCCUCUGCCGCCAAAUAUUCUAGUUUCUUCAAAUAUCCAUAUAAUGCCAGAUGGUGGUGCUGAAAUGGCUGACGAUUAUCUUUACCAAGGAUCACUUGGAGACAAGUUUCAGUGGGAUUGUCCCGAUAAAUCAUCAGAAUCAAAUCUUAAGAGGAAACAGCCACCAUCACUUGAUGGCCCAAAUAGGCGUGCGAGAGGAGAAAACUCCACGGCUGAGACCACAAAUCAAAAUGUGUUUUCACGAGGACUGGGUUCAACUAUUGCGUCAUCGGGGCCUACUCGUAGGGAUACCUUUCGGCAGCGCAAACCAAAUACCAGCCGGCCUCCUUCCAUGCAUGUUGAUGACUAUGUUGCAAGAGAAAGGAAUGAUGGUGUUUCUAAUUCUAAUGUAAUAGCAGUCCAGCGGGUGGGAUCUACUAGUGGGAGACCUCCGUCAAUUCAUGUCGAUGAAUUUAUGGCCAGGCAAAGGGAACGUCAGAAUCUAGUGUCACCGGUAGUUGCAGAUGCGGCUGUACCAAUGAAGAGUUCAACUCCUUUGAAUGACACAGCUACGGAGAAGUUCAACAAACCUAAACAAUUGAAAGCAGAUCUCGAUGAUGAUCUUCAGGGCAUUGACAUAGUAUUUGACGGUGAGGAGUCUGAACCUGAUGACCAAUUGCCCUUUCCUCAGCCGGAUGAUAACCUGCAACAGCCCGCUCCUGUCAUUCUUGAGCAAAAUUCUCCCCACUCUAUUGUUGAAGAGACAGAGAGUGAUUUGGUGACUCCAGUAGCAUCUAAUAUGGAUGAGAACACACAAAGUGAAUUUUCUUCUAGGAUGUCAGUUUCGCGUCCUGAAAUUCCAUUGACCCGUGAACCAAGUAUUUCUUCAGAUAAAAAGUACUUUGAGCAUUCUGAUGACUCGAUGAAUGCUACAUUACACAAGGCCUCUAGUAGUUUUGACUCUGCAACAGCAGCAAACAAUCUUAGAUUCCCUGUCUUUGCUUAUAAUAACUCUUCAGCAUCUUCCAUACAGAUACCAGUGGGUUCUAGGAUGACUCCACAGAAUUUCUUUCCGAAGAAUAGUCCACAGCGUGCUGGCAAUGCUAGCAAUGUGCCUCCAGGAUUUUAUGACCAGAGAUUUCUUCCAAAUCAACCUCCUUUACCUCCCAUGCCACCUCCCUCAACUCCCAUGCCACUUCCCUCAACAGCUGUGAUAUCGCAGACUUCUGAUUCUGUUCCAAGUCAAUCAUCCCCUUUUAUGAACUCUAUGACUGAUGUACAGCAGCCACUUCCAACACCCUUUCAGAUUCGUUCAGAUUAUCUUUCUGCAUUCAAUAAUGGUUCCACAUCUUCAAGAAAUUCCAUCUCUUCUCCUAGUGGAGCUGUCAGACCACCUCCACCACUUCCUCCUACACCACCUCCUUUUUCAUCUAGUCCGUAUAAUUUAACACCCAAUAGAACUAUUACCCAGUCUUCAAUGUAUAAUCAGACUAGUGCGGGAACAACUGAACUUCCUCAGAGUUCUACCACACCUUCAGGGGCCAGAGUGAAUACCUACUCGCCAUCGCCACACAUGGUUUUCCGGCCUGGUUCUAAUUCUAUGGGUCUUUAUGGAAGCAUCCCAACUCAGCUGCAAGGCGACAAUGCAACUGUAUUGCAGAAUCUCUCUAUCGCUCAGUCUUCCGUUCAAGUAAUUCAUUCCCUUGGUCAGUUGCAGCCGUUGCAGCCACCACAGAUUCCACGCCCUCCACAACCACCCCAACAUCUUAGGCCACCUAUGCAAGCUUCACAACAUUUGGAGCAAGGUGUAUCUAUGCAGAACCAAGUUCAAAUGCAUUCACUACAGAUUCUGCAACAGCCACAUGUUUCACCUAUGCAUGCCUACUAUCAACCCCAACAGCAGGAAUUUGCUCAUGCACAGCAGCAACAGCAAGUUGACCAUUCGCAACAGCAAGCAAUGCAUCAAUCAGGGGAUGCUACGUUGCAACAAGAAGAUCCCGCAAUGUCAUUACAUGAAUACUUCAAGUCUCCAGAAGCUAUUCAGUCUUUAUUGAGUGACCGAGAUAAACUUUGCCAGCUUUUGGAGCAGCAUCCAAAGUUAAUGCAGAUGCUUCAGGAGAAGUUGGGCCAGAUAUAACGGAAUGACCAAAGAGUCAGUAUAGUCUCUCCAAAGCAUCUAGGAGUUAUCAAGUGACGAUCCAAGUCUUGCAACCCCAAAGCAUCUAGGAGUUAACCUUUGAUCAAUCAUUUAAUUUUGGUCCCCUGAAAUUUUGUAUUGAUAAUGUUCUAUAAAACUGUACAUUAUUAUUUUCCCACCUUGAUAAUGUCAUUCAACAAUAUAAGAAGAGGUGUAAUAUUAGUGUAAUUCCUUCAUGAAAAUGUCGAUAUAUCAACGAAUGAAAACGAUUUAAAUGAUUUUUGUAGGCAUGAUUUUCAAAUGGAGAUUAAGAGAUUAAACGGUUUCGAUUAUAAAAGUCUGUGAUAAGGAUA